CUCCUCCACGUCGCAGACGACAUCCGGAACGCUGGCCCCGUAUGGUGCUACUGGGCCUUUCCCAUGGAGCGCUUCUGUGGUGUACUUGGUCGCGCGGUCAAGAAUCGGAAGCACCCGUAUAUCAGCCUCUCCCACCGAGUCCGCGAUGUCGCUCAGCUCAAUCAAAUCAAGCUGAUCUAUGGGCUAUCCGAGGAGUUG